ACCACGCCAACGCUCCGUAAUUUUACUACAUUAGUCGAUGAUUUAUUUUGAAAAUGUGAAACGAUAUGAAAGUUUAUCCAGAGAAUAAAGUAAAACAUGGGCGUAAAAGUAAUAGAAAAAUUGAGAGAAACGAGGAGGUCAACGGCAUAUCACUGUUUGCUGCUAGUCUGCGACAUCAAACAACUGAAUUCUUCAAUAAUUCAACACUACACGGGGUUAGAUAUAUCGCAGAAAAAGACAGACCGUUUUGUGAAAAGUUUAUGUGGUUCAGUUUUACUGCCAUAGGAGCAGUAACGACUUGUAUUAUUAUCGUAAGCUUAUGGGAAAAGUUUCAAACCAAUCCAACGAUUACAGGUCUCGAUACGGAUUUUCACAAUUGGGAUGUUCCUUUUCCGGCUGUGACAAUAUGUGAUGCUAGUCCUGUCGAUGAUGAAUUACUGCAAGAGUAUAUCGAAAGUGUUUGGGGCUCCGAUCCUCCGGAACGAGCUGCCGAAAUGAUGCAAUGGCUGGCCACAUUGAGCUAUAGUUCUAUAGCAGAACAUGCCGCUGAAUACUUAGCGGAGCCGGGACUUGUAGGCGAAAAUGAAAACAAUGUGCCGGAGCCCGCUAGAGAUUCGAAAGAAGCCGUAUUUAAAGUUGUGCGACAUUGCGAAACAUUGUUCUACGACUGCGAGUGGAAAGGGGACUCCGAAGAGUGUUGCGAUUUGCUCAUACCUGUAUUCACGGAAAUGGGCUUUUGUUAUGCUUUUAAUUCAAGACACGCGGAGAAAAUUUGGCCUUGGCAGUCGCAAACACAACAAGAACAGUUUAUAGAGGCAUUUAUUCACGAAACUGACGCAAAAUGGUCAUUUAUGUUUAAUUCGGACCGCAAAAAUACGACGUUCGACAUCUAUAUACAUUCGACUGAAGAAAUGGCUGGUUUAGAACAAAGCGCUCAGCACUCAUGGGAUUAUCGCGUCGAAAAGGUUUCAUUUUCCGUCAAGCAUACCUAUACAACUGAUGAUGCUCGCCAAUUGUCAAUCCGUCAAAGGCGUUGCGUAUUCGCUGAUGAAUUGCACCUGGAUACAUCGAAUAUCUACACCUAUUCAGCUUGCAUGAGACAAUGUCGUAUGCGAAGAAGUCGUUCGUUUUGUAAAUGCGUGCCUCAUUUCUAUCCAACUAUAAAGGGAUACAAGCAAUGUACAUUGCGGGAGCUGGAAUGCAUAGCGAAACACGCAAGCGCUAUUACAGAUGUGACUAAAUGCUCAUGUGAGCUGGGCUGUUCCCACACCGUUUACGAAGUUGAAAAAUUAUCUGAAACUGAUGCUACGAGAGGGGGCGAAAGCAAUUCUUUGGAGACGGAAUUUGUAUCGUGGCCGAUGGUGCGCUAUAAGCGCGAAGUACUCUUUGGAUGGGUGGACCUUUUAGUAUCUUUCGGGGGGAUCGCUGGUUUGUUCCUCGGUUUCUCGCUGUUGUCCGGGGUCGAGUUGCUGUACUACUUCACGCUAAGGGCGUGUUGCGCAGCGGUACGUGACGCCGACCAGCUGCGGAGAGAACGAGCCGAAAGACUAGCGCAGCCGAAACCGCCACACAAUCUUAGUUUGAUACCUUGGUGGAAAGAACCGCCUAUACCCGGAAGCGUACGCCCGAUUCUUGUUCGUACAAAGGAUUCCAUGCCGCCGCAGUAUUCUCCUCCACCGGGUUACACAACGUAUUUGCCGUAACAUGUCACACAAUCUUGUCUAUAUAUGUAUACAGACAAAAUUUAAAAAAAAAUACUUAAUUUAUUAAGAUUUUAAUUUAUUAUAUAUUUUUAUUUUUGGUUCGUCACAUUUGAUCUAUUGACACUUAUCAGAAUGCAUCAUCUGCACGACUACUAAAUGAUAAAAGACGUACUUAAAGUCCGCUGUCAGAUAUGAACUUUUCGGUUAGUUUGAAAAUAAUUUGUAAAAUUAUUGUCUUGGUAAUUUAAUUUGGUGAGAUUUUUAAAAAGUAUUCGGAACAUGGUCAAUAAUACAAUACGCGAGGUUAAAGACUUUUACAGGUAUUUUUAAUUACCGAUGAAAAUACUAAUAAUUAUAGAUGACAUUUUCUUCUUUGUUUAAAUUGAAAUAUUUAAUUCUCUGGAUCUUCUCAGCAGGUCGCGAUUCCGACGCAUUGCACCCUAUGAACUGAUUAUAAGCUAGCUUCCGCCAUAUCAACCAAACAGGUCAAGUAUUGUAGUUGGCAUGUGAGUCUUUGCCACAGUUCCUCCUGCUUUUAAAUUAGUGAUAAAUAAUAUGACUCUUAUCGACAUGGAAUUACCUGAAUUAAUAAUAAAAAUUCAAUUAUAUUAAUAUUAUUUUAUUCGAUUUCUCUUGGUCACACAACACAUUCAUCUAAAUCUCGCGACAAGAUUACAUUGAACUGCAUUAUCGUAAUAAACGACGUAAAAAUAGUCAACAAACAUUCGAAAAUUAAAUGUUACAAAAAAAAAAAAAACAAAAAAGGAAAUAAACACGAAAAUGCAACAAUUUACUAUGAUAACAUAUUAUUUUUUUUCAAAUCAUAAUCUGUCAAUAAAAGUUUGGACCUCUUUCAAACAAUUACAUGUAAUAUGUAUAUUGGUAUCGAUUAACAAUUGAGUUAUUAUUUCAUUACGAAGUUUGACUCGUAAAUUGCUCAACUAGAUCAUCAGAAACCAAUAAAUUAAACUAACUAGGACUUAAUGCUUACAUGAUGUAAUCUAUUUUUUUAAUACAUACAUAUUUUAUCACCUUGUCGGGGUGUUCGUUCUAAACUUUACCUUCAGUUUUAUUGACAACCGACCGAACGGUAGCAAUUAAUUUAACGUAAUUAAACUAUCAAUCUUCUACAAUAUUCUACCUACAUCAUUCAUUCGUUCUAAUUUCAACUUUGGCUAAAUAAUACGUUCGUUAACUUCGACUCAUAAUUCGAAUUGUUUUACGUGAAAAAUCUACCCAGUUCAUUAAAAUAUUAAAACUGUUGUAUACACAUUAAUAUUACGUUUAUAAUUGAAUUAUUGGCGGUACGUACUUUUCAGGUGUUAAUAAAUAAGGAUUCGUUUAAAUAGUAUUUCGAAAUUGUUUAAAGUACGAAUUCCGCACAUGGUUUAAAUAGUGACGAGCGAUUAUGACGGAAAAUCGAUUUUAAUGCAAUCGUUUACAAUCGAAUGAUAUCGAAGAUUUAUUGAUUUAAAAUGAUUAAAAGGGACCAUCGUAUUAUUACGAUCGAUCCGCUAACAGUCGCUUAAGUGCUUAUAGAAUUUCAUCUAUUGAACGAAUCUCUCUAAAUAGCACUGUUUAUUCGAAAUUAUUACAUGCACUUUACCUUAUGUUUGGCACUAAGAUAUUAUUAAUUACGAAAAUAACGUAAAUCACGCACAAGAUGGUUUACCUGUUGUCCUAGGUGGGCGGUGGAAAGCGAACAAUAGCGAUGCUACGCAGUGCGACUAAUUUCGAUAAAACACGUGAUUUUUGUGUCACAUGUUUCGACCUAUUGUCACAAAUGAACAAAGACUUCUUACUAUCCUAAUAUCCCUCAUAAAUCUUAUUCAAUCAGUAAAAAUUCCCUAUACUGUAUAUUUAAUAAAAAAUAAUUUUAUUAAGUAUAAAUCUAUUGAAAAAUAUUCAAUAGAUUAUUUUUCAAACAUCGGUCAAACUGUAUCGCUUCGGUUUGUCGCUCACGUAGGACAAGGCCUUACAUUAUAUUAAUUAAGUGUUGACAGGCAAGAAUAAAUUUUAAUGUAAAUUAGUAGUAGUGAACGUUUUAUGUAAAUUUUAAUAAUAAAAAUUUAUUAAAAUAAAUUGAGGUUUCUUUUUUAAUUCGCCAUAUUCGAAAUAAAACAGAAGAAAGCGUCAGUGAAAAGUUUGCAAAGAUUUAGAAGACACGGUUAGUAUGAUGUAAUGAUUUUACAAAGUAAAGGAUUCUCAGAUUAUAUAAUUGAUCAAUACAAAUUAGCAGAUUCAAGAUUUACCUGCGUUAUGGGCUAUGGGUAACGCAAGCAUACAUACAUAAGAGAAAGGAACAAAGAAAUACAACUCAGAACCUAAACAAUUAUCAAUAAUAAAGACACUAACUAACCAUUAACAUUAAUGUGAUAAUCCGAGAAUCAUUUAGGAUAUGUUUAGGAAAAAUAAAAAUAUUGACCGAUGUAGCUAAAGUUAAAUUGUUGGGAAUCAUUACGGUUUAUAAAAACUUGUAAAAUUUCAUUGCAUUAAGUACGAAACCUAUGUAGUUUUUUUUUUUCUUUAGUUUCAUGUUUUUAACAAUUCAAUUUAGUAUUUAAUAAGUACGGAGUACGAUUCAUUAAGUGUAAGUACAAUUUAUUAAGAAAGGCAAAUAAAUACAUUGCUUGGGCCGUUUUUUUGAAAUUCGACCUUCAAUGUAGCUAUCUUAAGUAACUAUUAAUCCACUGAAUCGCUCGCCGGAUCGUCUCAGUGGGUCGUGAUUCUGAUCCGGUGGUAGAUUCUGCGUAGUACUACUCUUGCUAGGGGCAGUGUUAACAAAUUCUCUAAAGUUGACCCCGUGAGCCAGCGAAUGAGUAGAGAAAAAGAAAAAAGUAACUACUGCUUUAUUAAUUAAGCAAUAGUAUUGUAACUAAAGGGUAAGUGAGGUAUCGAAAUAUCGAUUUUCAAUAAAUUGGCAUUAUUUUUAUCACAGUACGAAAUAAAUAAAUUAUUAAGCACCAAAACGUAAAAAAAAUACACGAAGAAAUAAAUAAAAAUAGAAACAACCGAAAUACAGAUUAAAAAAUAAAUAGUACAACGAAACGUGUAAGUACUCAUUUUAAGAUAAAGUAUACACAAUACCGUCUAAGUAUUUCACAUGUACACACGACACCCAUAGGUAACUCUAGUUUUGUGAUAGGUCACGCUUACGACCUCGAAAUAACGCUCCUAGGAAUGAAUUUAACAUUUCAUCUUAUUAAAUAUACGUUAUCCUAUGAAUUAGAUUAAUACGGACGCCGGAUCGACGCCAUCAUUGACUACAAAUUAUUGAGAACUGAAUUCCAUGAUACAUUACUAGUUAUGGCAGAUUUACACGGAGUCAGUUACAGGCGUCAGCGCUGGGUUCGAGAUCCGACAAUAUUCACAUUCGGCGUCUCGUGUUGUCAGUUAGUCCAGUCAUCAUAGGGGGUUGAUCUCGGAAAAUCGACAUACCCAGUAUAUUACCACAAAUUAAAACUUGUAUUUUGGCAUCCUAAAACUAUUCUUAAAAAUUCAUAUAUAAUUGGAUGGUAGCAAGUUUUAAAGUCAGGGGUCAAAGGUCACAAAAAUCGAUUAUUUUUACAUUUUUUGCAAAUAUCUCGGUUUCUAUGGGUUUUAUGCAAUUCAUUAUCAAUACUGCAGAGAAUUAAAUUCUCCACAACUUUUCUGUUUAAUAUUUAUUUUUACCUUGAACUCAACGUUUGUGACCUUUGAACCCUGAUUUUAAAACUUGCUACUAUUAUCAUAUGUGAAUUUUGAGAAUGCCAAAAUACAAGUUUAUACGUGGUAAUAUAUUUUUUCUGCUACCUAAGCCGAAAGUUCGGUUUUCCUCCCACUGUACAGGGAAGAAAGUGUAACUCUUCCUCCCUGGGUACUGACAAG